AUGUUACCUCCCGUGGUUAGCACAGUAACGUAGGAAACCACCCUGCUGAGAGCCCCCACCGAACUGUCCAUAACAACCGCACCGUCUCACUCGAAGACACUCACUCGACGUGCAAUCGCCUCUUAAGGCCGCUCUCGCAAAAAUGUCAUAUCGAGAAAUGAGAUCAUUCACAGAAAAGAUGCGAUCACUAGGCUACCCCAAGCUCAUAUCCAUGGAAUCCUUCCGCUUGCCCAACUUUGACAUGCUGGCUGAUAUUCUCCUGUGGCUGGUGAAGAGCUACGACCCAUCAGCAGAAGUCCACGAAGACGUCGACACAGAGCAGGACCGCAUCAUCUUUAUCAAAUCCAUUGCCCAACUCAUGGCUCCGAAAGCGCAUCUAAGACUCAACACGAGGAAAUUGUACAUGGCGGAUGGGACCGCGGUUAGGGAGUUGUUGAAGAUUGCCAAUGUGCUUUAUCAGGCUGUUGUGGUGAAGUCGGGGGGUGGUGGUGAUGAGGACCUAGGCCGCGUACUCCCACUGGACAUCUCGAGCAAAGUCGGGCAACUCAAGACCUGCCGCGUGCUAGCAACCGAAAUCACUGAACGCGGCGCCAAACUCUACGACUCGCUCGGGAAGGAAAUCGAACUCAAGGACGUCCGCGCAACAGUAAUCUCCCGCCCCUUCGAGCUCAAAGCCAUGGAAUCCACCGUGACCACCUCCCUCACGAAACUCAAAGAACAGAUCUCCGCCACGGCGCAGGCCCUGGAUAACCUCGCGGCUGAUGAAGGGAGUCUGGUCGCCAAGAUUGAGAAGAAGAAGGUCGAGCUGGAACGGGCGCAGAAACGGUUGGCGAGUUUGCAGAGUGUUAGACCGGCAUACAUGGACGAAUAUGAACGCAUCGAAAAAGACCUCACGAAGCUGUACCAAACCUACAUGGAGAAAUUCCGCAACCUCACCUUCCUCGAACAGCAGUUGGACGAGUAUACACGGCUCGAGCAGGAUAAAUUCGAGCAAACAGAAGAAUCCCUCCGCCAAAUGCAAUCCCGCCUCCACGAAGAAGAAAUGCGCCUCCUCCGCGGCGAAAAAGAGCUGCGCGGCUCUCUCAUUUCCUCCUCUCUCAUCGGGUCCGACGUGCGUGGGAGUGGUAGCGGUGGUGGGGGAAUCGGGGGGAGGUUGGCGAGACCUAAAGGUGCAAGCCACCGCUCCCAAUCCUUCCGCACCCUCGACGGCACCUCCUCCUCCGUCGACCUCGAGUUCCAGAACGAGGAGGGCGCGUCCGUCUCAGGCUCCGCAUCGCCCGGCGAGUUUCAAUCCAACGAUGGCGAGUCGGAUCUUGACGGUGAUGAUGAUGACGAGGGGCGGGGAUUGGGCGGGGAUGAGGAGGAGGAGGACGAGGAGGAUGAGAGUGGGGAUGGAGAGGAGGAUGAGGGCAGCUUUGUGUUUGGUGAGGACGAGGAGGGGGAGGAGGAGGGGGAUGAUAUUGAUUUUUAGAGAUGGGGGAAGAUACCGCGGUAUAGACUGUUUGGGAUCUAGAUUUUUGGGAUAUGAUGCUCUGGAACGUUGCCUUUUGGAGGUUCUCUUGUUGGAAACAUCGUGUACAGGUUUUGGAGGAGUGGUAUCACAUUAUGGCGCAGAGUGAGGCCUUUACACAAAUAUACAAUACAAUACGCCCUUAUUGAUCAUUGCCU